CUAAGCAGUGCCCUUUCAACAUGGUUUAUGAGGAGAGCGGCUCGCCUUGCAUGGAUACGUGCUCACUUCUGGACACAAGUUCACUUUGUGAGGACCACAAAAUGGACGGCUGCUUCUGUCCUCAUGGAACUGUGUUUGAUGAUAUUUCCAUGAGAGGAUGUAUUGCUCAAUCUGAAUGUCAGUGCAGACACAACAAAAUCUACAACUCUGGUGAGGUUUACAGAAAGAACGAAGAGGAAUGUACAUGCCGUAUGGGUCGAUGGGCUUGUAAGAACCUUGAAGCACCUGCUACAUGUGCAGUUGAAGAGGGCUCACAUGUAACUACCUUUGAUGGGAAAACGUACACCUUCCAUGGAGACUGUUACUACACGCUCGCCAAAGUGGAAAGCAAGGAUGGUUCAAGUCCGAAGUUUACCAUCCUGGCUCAGAUGGUACCAUGUGCAAGCCAAGAGUUUGACACUUGUCUUAAGAGCCUUAAAAUUCUGCUGAACAACGACAGAAACAAUGUAUUAAUGUUCACUUUCGACGGCACAGUAAAGCAGAACAUGCAGACCAUCAGUUUGCCAUACCACUCAGGUGACAUCAACAUUUUCCAUGCUUCAUCUUUUCACAUCAUGCUCCAGACCAGUUUCGGACUUCAGAUUCAAAUCCAGCAUGUUCCUGUCAUGCAAGUCUACGUCAGCCUGGAUAAAAGCUACAAAGCAAAGACACGUGGUUUAUGUGGUAACUACAACAUGAUCUUGUCUGAUGACAUGAAGACUCCUCAGGGGAUCGUCGAGGGAACAGCAUCAAGUUUUAUUAACUCCUGGAAGGCUAACCUCAUGUGUCAAGACAGACAGGGAAGACUUGAGGACCCCUGUUCUCUCAGUGUGGAAAACGAGUGGUACGCUAAGCACUGGUGCGCCUUGCUGCUGAGUCCUGACAGCAACUUUGCACAGUGCCGUUCAGUGGUGGAUCCUCUGAAGUACUACAAGCGAUGCACGUAUGCCAGCUGUAACUGUGAGAAGAGUGAGGACUGCCUGUGUGCCGUCUUCUCCUCUUACGCUCGGGCUUGUGCAUCAAAGGGAGUGUUCCUGACAGACUGGAGAGCGAACGUGUGCGAUAAAUACACAAAGAGCUGCCCAGCAUCUCAGAUCUUCUCCUACCAGCAUCAGAGAUGCCAGCUGACCUGCAGAUCACUGGGCACAAUGCAGUCAAGUUGCACUUCUGACUUCUUGCCUGUGGAUGGCUGCUCCUGCACUGAGGGUCUCUAUCUAAAUGAAAACGGCGUCUGUGUCCCCAUGGCAAAAUGUCCCUGCUACCAUAACGAAGUCUACAUCAAGUCAGGAAAGUCCAUCAGCAUCAAAGAUGAGCACUGUGUGUGCACUAAUGGAGCACUUCACUGCCAUUCUUGGAGAACGCGUUCAUCAGCAUGCCCUUCUCCAAAAGUGUUCUUCAACUGCUCCGCUGUGACCACAGGAGAGCUUGGACUGCAGUGUGCUCGAACUUGCUUAAAUCUUCACAGUGAUGAUUGUGUCUCCACAGAGUGUGAGUCUGGCUGUCGGUGUCCAAAUGGCCUCCUUGAUGAUGGCAAAGGUUCCUGUGUGCAAGAAAAUCAGUGUCCAUGUCAGCACAAUGGGCAUAUUUAUGCCCAUGGAGCACAAAUCCCUGACCAGUGCAACACCUGUACCUGCAAAAGUGGAAGCUGGGAUUGCACCACCAAAAAAUGUGCGGGAACCUGCACUAUAUAUGGGAGUGGUCACUACAGCACAUUUGAUCAGCAGACAUAUGGGUUUCAUGGAGAUUGUGCCUAUGUUGCUGUUAAGAACAAUUGUGGCAGUAAAACUGCACAGAAAUACUUUGGAGUUAUCACAGAAAACGUACCAUGUGGAUCUACAGGCACCACAUGCUCCAAAACUGUCCGAAUCCAACUGGGGCGAAUGGAAGUCAAACUAUCAAAGGGUAAAUAUGAAGAGGUGGAGCUGGGAGGUGGCGCUGAGAUUCAGUACACAAUAAGGAAGGUUGGCUUGUAUUGGGUGAUAGAAUCUGCCGUUGGUCUGGAUGUGAUGUGGGAUGGCAAAACAACUGUUCGCAUCCUCCUGAAACCAGAACACAACGGAGAAGUUUGUGGCCUGUGUGGAAAUUUCGAUGGUGAUGGAAAGAACGACUACACAACUCAGGGUCAGCUGGUGGUGAGCAGUCCAUUAGAAUUUGCAAACAGCUGGAAAGUGUCGAAGGAGUGCCCAGAUGUGGAUAUAAAUGCUGACCCUUGUGGAGCAAGACCCAAUCGACAUCACUGGGCAAAAGUGAUGUGCAGCAUUAUAGUUGGAAAAACGUUCACUGCGUGCCACCAUAAAGUAGAUCCUCGUCCAUUUUAUGACAACUGUGUGAGAGACUCAUGUGCCUGCGACUCUGGAGGAGACUGUGUGUGUUUCUGCUCUGCAGUCGCAGCUUACGCUCAGGCUUGUAAUGAGGCUUCUGUCU